AAUAAUUGGUGCUUGAAAUCAACAUUGCUACAAUUCAGCCCGCCGCAACAACUUGACCUGCUGCGCGCGCAAUCGAAAGAUCCCGCCAUCGAAAGCCUGUUGUGUCAGCUCACAUAUUGGACUGACUAGGCAUGGCCCCAGAGGAUACGCCAGCAGCAGUGCCAGCGGCCGAGCCAACGCCGGCUGAGGCGGUUGAGGAGCCGAAAUCGGACGCGCCAGCUGAGUCCCCAUCGGAGGCAGCAGCGGCGCCAGCGGAGGCCAGCACGAGUGCUACAGCGAGCGGCGAGCAGGUCAGCUUUAAAGUCGCGUAUGGCAAAGCGGUACAGGACUGCAAGCGGCCCUUCGAGUCUACCGUGGGCGACCUAAAGAGCGAGAUAGAGAAGACCACGGGCAUCCCCUCCAAGCUGCAGAAGCUCAUGUGCAAGGGGGCGGCGCUCAAGGACGACGGGGCCACUCUGCGUGUGGCCGGGAUAAAGGACGGCGUGAAGCUACUGCUAAUCGGCAGCGCGCCCGCGGCCGUGGACGCAGCCAAGGCGGCGGCGGCGGCGGGCGGCGCGGCGGGCGGCGGCGACUGGGACGCCCCCAAGCAGGAGGAGGCCAUCUGCAAGCAGACCGCACACGCCAAGGUGCUGGCCAAGGGUGUGCCUGAGGGCGGGCUGCCGGGCAUUGCGGGGCGGCAGGUGCCUUGGGACGACAAGAUCACCUCCAUACCCGGACUGCUCAACAGCCAGGGAAGCAAGGUGCGACUGACGUUUAAGGAGGAGCUGCAGCAGAUCUGGAUCGGGUCUGACACGUCCACUCAAAAGGUGCCGUACGGCUCCAUCACCAAGAUCGAGUCGUGGCCGGUGGAUGGCAACGAAGCCUACUCCAUCCUGGCGCUGCACCUGGGGGUGGGCGGCACCUCCCGCUACUGGCUGUACUUCUACCCCAGCCAGUACGUGGCGGGACUCAAGAUCAAGAUCCUGGGCGUGCAGAGCCUGAUCUGAUAUGAUAUGAUCUGACAGUUUACUGGCCUGGCCUAGGUUAUUUGAUUUGAAAGGACCGGUUGGGUUGGGGGAUGGGAUGGGUCGGUGGAGGAGGGGAAAUGGGAAGAUGGGGAUGGGGCGGGCGGGGAAGCGGGGAAGGUGGGGAAGGUCCGGGUGUGUGUAUUUACCAGGAGUUGUUUGGGUUGAGGCGGCAGGAACGGAGGGACGUGUUGCGGACUUGCAGGCGGCACGUGUUGCGGAGGAAUGCUAACCAUGAAGACUACGAGUGUGUGAAUGGCUUGAACAGCAAGUGUACAUUAUAACCGGCUUGUGGAGGCAGGCGGUGCGUUGAACACGUGGAGAACAUGAGGAAACACGACGCACGCCAUGCGCCUAUCCGAGAUGGAGACAUGAGUGAGGGGCUUUAAUGGGUUUGCCCAACAUAAUCUCGCGCAGGACGACCGUAUCGCAGAGUUGACAGUGGUUUGUGGGCUCCGAAGUGUAAUAAGGGCACUCGGAUGAUUCGGAGCUGGCGCAGGCCUAGUCGGGGACGGUGCCGGCGCCGCCGCUGCAAGUGGCCGGCGCCGCUGCCGCUGCAAGUGGCCGUGAUGGCCGUGCGUUGGUGGUUACAGUGCGGUGGUUACGGUGCGCGCGAGCUGGCGAGCGGUUGGACAGUGUGGGCAGGUCUGGCGUUGCGCUGCUGUUGUGCCGGAGUAAGAACGCCCGGCGUGUGCGUGUGCUGAUGCCUGUGUGUGGCUGGCUCCCUGGCUCGUAACGGCUGUCUGCU